CAGGGCGGGCAGGGGGCUCAGGGGGAGGAGAACACCCUGGGAAGUCAGGAGCUACGGAAGUUCUCGCGGGCAAAUGUCAACAAAUAGGAGGCCUUGCUCCUCGGAAGCCUUGUUAUUGGAGUGUAGGAGUGCUCUGGUGUGUGCAUGGAAAGCCCAGGGCCUGCUGAGGAGGACUGGGAGUGUAGGGGAGGUGGGCUGAGCCAGGGGCCGCCCGUGACUGCCCCAGCUGACUUCCUCCACCUGGCCGUGGCAGUAAUGCGUGACCCGUUUGGCAUCCUGAGUGUCCGCUAAUUGGGCUGGUUUGUUCUUCUGAGGCAGGAAAUGCACGGUCAGGUGUUAGGAGUUGAUAACAUGAAUGAGGGCAAUCCAGCCGGGAAAGAGCAUCACCAAUUUGUGGAAGUGAUACAUGACUAUAAAUAUGAAAACAAGGGCCAAAAGUAUGUUUUGCAGAAGGGAGAGAUCCUCAUGGUCCACAACCACACAACUGAUAUUUGGUGGCAGGCACCAGUUCAUCUGAGUGGGAGGCAGGAAAGCCGUGGUGGGCCGGGGAGAGGCUGCCAGAUGCACGAAAAUACGUUGCAGGUGAUCCGACUAGGAGAAAGGCGGGCAUUUUAUGCUCCAAAGAGUCACCUUCGACCCAGAAGUUUGUCAAGAGACGAAAAGCUAGACAUAUUAAGUGGUCAGAGCACCAGUAUGGAAAAGACUGUUGCUGCAGGAAAAUUACAUGAAAUUAUUAGAGGAGGGUCCUCUCCUCCAGAAGAACACCUCCCCUCAAGCCCCAUUAAAGCUAGUCAGUCAUCUAAACCUUACCAAGGGCCCCGCCAUGAAUCUCUAUCCUCACACACCUCCAAGUCAAGUCUGAAUGAGAGUAGUGCUGAGUCCCUGGAGUACUCAGGUAAGCCGGGCAUCAAGACAGGCUCAGUUGACGAGCUAAGGUCAAAGGGUCGUACUACACAAACACUGGAUGUCUGUAAGAAAAGGGCCUCCAGCAACGAGGAGCUGGAUGGCCGCAGCAUCGGGAGCAGUGACCUUAGUCUCCGUCACAGGGCCAGCUCUGUGGACUUACGGAUGACACCCCAGGAGUUAUCCAGGACUGAGAUAAAGCAGAGCUCUACAGACAAAACUCAUAAGGUCAGAUUAUCCAAGGAUCUGUGUGACCGUAGGCGAUCAUGGGCAUUAGAUAACCGACCAUGGGCACUGGAAAGCCCAAGACAUUCACUCAAAAGAGGAGAGACAGUGGAUGCUGCCAUUGUGCUGGACGUGCCGCCUGAACUUCCCCCCAAAACCAAACCCAAGCACAGACUGAGCACAUUUAAUUCUAACCCUGAAACCAUAAGUCGUCUAGAGGGACCAAUUGACCUUAAGGUGGAGCAAGUCAGGAUGGCUAAGUCAUCACAACCUCCUGUAGAGAUUGAGCUCUGUGGUGAAACAGAAACUGAAAAGAAACAUUCCAGACAUUCCUCUGAUCCUUUAGUGUUGCGUGAUGAGAAGGCAAGAUCAUUUUCUAAUCAAGAAACCCACAAUGGCAAGGAUCCACCCAUUGCCCUUCCCAGGAAGCUGUUGCCUCCUCAGGCUCCCUCACUGGAGGGUCGAGCUGAGGGAUCCAUGCUGCUCAGUGACUACACUCUUAGGGAUGCCAAUGGGAACAAAGUGAAGAAAAGUUCCAGUCACAGCAGCCUUUCCACCCCCAUCAUUGAAGGGUCUGGGAAAGGUAGGGAGCUACAAGGGAGUUUCAGGCAGAGAGACAAAGCAUGUGAGCCUCAUCAUGAAAAGCCCUCAAACAAUCUAGAGGUGACAAAGGAUGAUAACACAACACCACCCCAUAAGGGCAAGGCAGAAUCCCCAAAGACACGCACUGUCAGGAGCAGGUUCACUGGGAGCUUAGGCAGCUUUAGGAAGAACACUAAAAAGGAGACCAAGGAAAAGGAGGAGAGGGAGAAGGAGCUUCCAGCAAGAGAAACACCCACCCCUGACUCCUCACGUGGAGGGAAACUUAUGCAGACCCCACCAUCCCCACGUUGUCCCCCGCAGAGGACACUUAGUGGUGACUGGGGUGAGUACAUUGACAGUGCCUCCAAAAGACCUUAUUAUUACAACUCCAACACCCGGGAAAAACGAUGGAAGCCUCCACGCAAGGGAGUGCCCCCUUCAAACUCCAUCCCUGAAGUUCCUACAUCUGUAAGGUCUGAGGACAUCAGCAGCAGGGGAAAUGUACCCCCAAAGUGCCCAACUCCAGAUUACCCUUCCUCACCCAGACUCUCCCACAAACCCUUCUCUUAUGCCUCCAUCCCAGAAAUACCACAAUUUCAUCCCAUCACCCGUUCUGCCACCCUCAAUCUAUCCACCUUUGUCACACAUUCCACCACCACACCCUUUUCCAACACCCUCCCCACAAACAGUGCCAGUCCUGCUGCCCAUAGCAUGUUACCCAUACAGAACACCAGUAAACAGAAAGUGAAGCCUCUACCCCUGUCAUCACCUCCAGCGGUGCCCCCAAGCAGUGCCAAACCAACCUUCCCUACCACACCCACUACUCCUGAUUGUACAGAGCACAGCACUCUGUCAGAAUACAAGAAUGAUUUUGAUCCUCUUCUUGACAUACUGCACCAUCUAAAGCUUCCCAAGGGCUGGGUGAAGAAGUAUGAUGCCUAUACCCAGAGAAUCUACUUUCACAACUCGGUUACUAAAGAAAGGUGGCUGGCAACAACCAAUGAUGAGGGUAAGGUGUACUACUAUGAGGAGUCUGGCUCCAAAAGUUCAUGGAGGCUGCCAGAGGUUGACGCUGAACUACUUGAUCCGGAACAAUUCCCAGGCCAGCCCUUGUCUCCUCCUCAAGAGAACUUAAGACUCUCCUACAUAACAGAAAACUUGCAUGAGUUCAGUGACAGCAUCAAGAGGGAAGGAUUCCUCCACCGUACUUUUUACACGCGUGAUGGCAAGAAGCUUCGGAAGAACUGGACUCACUCAUACGCUCGUUACAUUGAGCACCCCAUCAAUUCAGGCUCCACAGCCUUCCUUUAUUUCUCCAAGACCAAAGAUGUUGAGAAAAAGGCAGAGAUUUUUGAGUUCGUCACGCCAUGCUACUUGGAGCACGUCUCAGACAAGAAGACCAGCCGACAGCAAGUGUUGGGACUGCGCAAUUCUAAUGACACUGAGGUUCUACUGCAGUUUGAUGACAGGGAAAUAGCCCAGGAGUGGAUCAAGGACCUCAAAACCCAGAAAGGGAUGGAGUACAUUGCAAUACCAGAGAAGGAAGAGAAAAAGGGAAAGAAGGGCUCAGAGAAAAUCAAGCGUGAGACCAGUUUGGAGCAACUCAACCCCGAUAACAAAGGAAUCAAGGACAAACUUCGUAACUUUAUCAAACGUAGACCCAUGAAAGAGACUCUAGAACACAAAGGCAUCUACAAAGAGUCUGUGUUUGGCAGUACAUUGGCAGAAUUAAAAUCACAGGAUAAGACCAACACACCUCUUUUUGUCCUCUGUUGCAUUAAGAACAUUGAGGACACUGAAGAAAACCUGGAGACGGACGGCCUCUACCGGAUAUCUGGCAAUGCCGCUCAGAUUCAGAAGAUUCGUUUUGAGGUUGCACAGAGGAGAUAUACUGUCUUGGGUCAAGAGAAGGAGAUCCACAACCUGACUGGCGCCCUGAAGCUGUUCUUCCGAGAACUAAAGGAACCUCUGAUUCCAUUUGACAACUACAAGGAAUUCAUUUAUGCCACUGGCUCAGAGUACCGGAAAGCGAACCAACAGGCUGACAAGCUAAUGAAGGCUGUCAACAAGCUGCCUACUGAGAACUAUGAAACACUGAUGAUCCUUAUGGAGCACCUCCUCAGAGUUAGCAAGCAUGAGCCUCAAAAUCGCAUGAGCCUCUCCAACCUGGCCAUUGUGUUUGGCCCUUGUAUCAUGUGGCCAAGGGAAACUCAGUCCGCCGACAUCAUGACAAAUGUGAUGCUCCACAACCGUGUAGUAGAGGGACUACUCGCUGAUUUUGACAAGAUUUUCACCAAAAAGCUGACAAUGUGAUAUAUCAAAAAAAAAAAAAAAAAAAAAAAAAAAUCUAUCAGACUGAAGAAAAUAUGCCUGAAGAACUAUUGGAUUUUUUCCACUAUAUUUUUCUGUGAAUUAUAACUUUGGAAAAGACCUCAGAAAUGUGUCCAUGUAUAUAACUGAGUAAGUCACAGUGCUUAUUUUGGGGUGUGAUGUCUUGAUCCAUGUUUGGGAGGGUGAGACAGCUCAUCAUAUAGGGCAGGUAUGGCGAGGAGCAGCCUUGAUGCUGGAGGGGAGGAAGGGUUAUUCCUGUGCCAUUCAAUUACCUAAAUAAUGUGCAGGAAGAGUGUCCCUGGGAGCAAUCAUCUGCAAUAAUCCUCUAGCAAUUUACUGCUUGAGCUCUGUAGUAAAUGCUUAAUUGCCAUAUAAAUGAAGAUUACUGUCUGAAUUUUGUGCUCAAUAUGCAAUUUUUAAAUCUUAAUCAUUAAGAAGUAUUUAAAUAGUCUGGCUAUAUGUACAUGAAAUAAUAUGUACAUUUUGUUCUGCAUUCCAGUAGCACUAUAAUCAUGUAAGGUGCUAUUUAUGUGUUUCCUGUAUAGCCAGGUUAAAACGUGAUUAAAAGACAAUGAAAC